AUGGAUCCUAAACUUUGGUUGCUUGUAGAAUAUGUCGAAGAUAAAACUGCGUUUUCUAAUUAUGGCGUUAUAAAUACUAAUAAUAUCAUCCAACACGAGGCCGAUCUUAACAAUGGGAAUGAAAACAAUGGAGCACACAAGGACCAAGUACUUAGGAUAUCUGGUAUGUUGACAAUGACUACUGUGAUGAUAACAUCCGAAAUGGAUGCUGCUCUGGCCUUGUUGGACUUACACAGAAAUAAUAAUGAGAGAGUCAAUUCCAACCCUAUGGCCAAUAUGGAUGGGCAAAUUCAUAUUGCAACAAUUUUCAAUAGUUUCGUAAAUUCCAAGAAUUCGCAUUCACCUAGUACUAGCCCUAACCCUAGAACAACCGCUGAGCGAAAAUCGUGGAAGAUGUUGCCAGGAAGGAUAAGUCGAAAAACCAGUCCAGUACCAAAGAAGAUAACAACAUACGAUAUAGCAACCCAAACCGUUAUCGAAGUAGAUAACGAAUCUGAAAUAGAAAAAAUGAGAAAUGUUAUUAAAGGUUUAUGUGCCAGAAUAGAAGAACUAGAAGCGAAACUCAAAACCAAAGAGCAAGAGACUUCUUCAGUUACGGACUCAUUAGAACGAAUAACAGAUUAUUCGAGUGAUGACUUCAGACCACAGCAGAGGAGGCGAUCGCAUAAGCGAAAAAGAAAUUUGACAUUCACCACAGACUUCAGUUCAAUAGGAGAUUACGAUUCUUCAUUAAAUAAAGAUGAAGAUACUAUAGAGAACGAUGUAAAGCGAAUAAAAGCUUUGACGCCGAUAAAUACUGUUAAAAAUAAUAUAGACAAGGUGCCUAUUGGAGACGGAAACGCUGUGGUCCCAGCCAGGCUUCUUAAGCAUAUGGAUUGGACUUCAUACACCAACGCAACAAGGAAACUGCUAACUGCAAUAUUUUCGAGAAAAGUACUGGCGACCCACUCAUUAACUGGAAAACCUUCACCAGCAUUUCCAGACAAACCUGCUAAAAAAAAGCUAGAUCCAAUGUUGGUAAAUGACAUUGUGCAGACGGUCGUAGAAAAAUGUUGCGUACCCGAAAAUGUUGUCAGGACCAGUAUCACCACAAAGUGUGCGGACGAAAGUAAAAUGUUCCGCACACGAGAAAAUAAAAAGAAAAAAAACACCUCAAAAAAAGAAAACAUCACCCCUGAUGAUGAAUCAGAAGAAUAUUUUUAA